AUUAAACUUAUGUGGUUUCAAUUGUUUUUAAUCCAUCAUAUGCUGGGUUUCUUCUCCCCAGUCCCCCGCUCUACCUGUUCUGCCACACGUCAUCAUGGCAGGAUCUCUUGGCGCUUCGUGUGGUCCGAGGGCAGAACUUACAGUGCUGGAGAUCAACCAGGAGCUGCACUUAGAGCUGACCAAACAGAAGCAGGACUUCCGAGAUCUCACCCAGAAAUUCCUUGUAUGCCAAGCUACUACAUACUGCCUGGCCAACCAGCUGCAGAAAUACAAGUGUGAAGAGUACAAGGACAUCAUUGAAUCCGUGCUGGGGGAGAAGCUGCAGUUCCGGGUGGUGAAGUUGGCAGAGCAGCUGGCAGAGAAGCUGGCAGAGAAGCCAGUGCUAGCUGACGAGAGGUUCAGGGAAUACGAUACCCUAAUUUGCUCUCAGGCACGAGAGCUGACCCAGUUACGGCAGAAAUUAUGGGACGGGAGAGAAGACUCUAUCCUGCUCAUCCAACAACUCAGGGACGUCCUCACCCACAAUGACCUUGACAACAACCCGGGCCAGGGCUUCCGAGAGCAGCUGACCGAGGGAUGCAGGCUGGCAGAGCGCCUUGCCCGCAAGCUCAGCCCAGAAAUUCAUGAAGAUGAGGAAGAUGAACUAGAAGAAGAAACACUCACCCCCAGCAUUGAGCAAGAGGAGUUGGAGGAGGAGUUGCUCCAAGAGUCCCAGGAUGAAUGUGUUUUGAAUCCCUCAGUUCUCCAAGAAGGAUCUGACUGCAACCGGCUAGACAGUGAAGGCAACUUGCCAUUUGAUGAAGAGAAAGUCAGCCGUGCUCCGGAUGUAGCUGGUGCUUGCUCCCAUGUUGCAGAAGAUCCAAUUCCAGCUGACCUCCCAGAAAAUCAGAAUGAGUGUGACGAAGCAGCUGGACAAGAGGCAGUGUCCCCCAGCAUGGAUCUACUGGAGGUUCAGAAUGACGACGUGCUCCAGGAGUCCCGGGAUGAAUGUGUUUUGGCGCCUUCCAUUCACCAGGAAGGUUCUGACUGCUAUGAGAAGUGCAGUGAUGGAAAAUUUGCAUUUCCUGAACAGAAAGUGCUAUGUGCUCUGGAGCAUGUCUUGGCUAUUGUAUACAGUGCUGCUAUUAACAUCGGGGUGCGUGUGUCUUUUCAAAUUAGACUUCCCUCUGGAUGUAUGCCCAGGAGUGAGAUUCCUGGAUCAUAUGAAAACCAAAAUGAUCAAGAUGGGGUGAAAGGAGUAGAGCCAACUAUCUGCAGGCUCAGCACGGAGCUGCCGCAGAUGGUAGAGGAUGACAUCCCACGGCACUCAGUGGAGGAGUCCUAUUUGACUUACUCAGCUCUUCCUGACCUGUCAGACUCCUUCUGGCCUUAUAGGAGCACCGCCAUCUACUCAUUUGAGGGAUUGGAACUCUCUUAUGCUCGGGAUGUCACCCAAAAUCAUACUGUUCUUGAGGAAGAAGAGGAACAAGACCAAAUAUGUUCCAGCGCACCUGACCCCAGAAGCCUCAGUAGUGAGCAGCCGGUGGUAGAAGAGAAUGAAGGCCCACAGGACUCACUGGAUGAAUGUUAUUUGACCAGUUCUGUUGGCCAUGACCUGUCAGACUCCUGUAGGCCUGACAGAGGUGCCUCAUUCCCUUGGGACCAACAGGGAGUCUUCUCAGCGCUUGCUGUACAUGGUGACUCCUGGGAGGACCGUCGCCAAGGGCCUUUGAGUUUCCAAGGGUCAGAGAUGGAAGCUUCACAAGCACAACUGCAGACAAGCACCCAGGUGACCCAUCACCUGCAGCUGCAGCGGGACCAGCAGUUUGACUGUGGUGACGGCAACGCCAGGCUCGGCCUUCCCUCCACCGUGUGGGGCUUCACAGCCAACACUGACCAAGGGCUGCCCCUGCAAGAGCUGGGUUUGGAUGCUUCCAUCGGAAUGAAGAUCCCUCCCAAGGUGGAGGGCGAGGGCUCAGCUGCCAGCCAGCAUGAACGUCAAGUCUCUAGCAACAGUAAUGCCUCCAGUGUCCUGAAGCAGAAGAUUCUGCGAAGAAAACUGCUGCGCAGCAAGUGGAGAAUAGCAUGCAGGUUCCCUGGCCUUCAAGCGUAGGGGACAGAGCACCAGCCUCGGGCUCCCCCUUCAGCCCCUCCUCUCAAGAGGAUCCCAGCCUGCUCCUGACUCUUGUCACCAUGUGGUCAUCCCUCCAGGCUCAGCCGUCAGCAGAACCCAACGAAGACCCACAUUUGAUCCCUCUGUCUCUCUCUCUGUCCCUCUCUCUAUCUCUCCUAUGUCUCUCCAUCUCUCCCCUGUCUCUCUUUCACAGUUAACGCAUUAUUUUCGGUACUCUGAAAAGAUUUUGCCAAUUUGAAGAAACCACAUCAUCAAAUUUACCUUUCCCACUAGAUGUAAACUAUCUGCAACAGAAAAUCCGGUUAAAGUCCAAACUGAACACUGCAGGGAUGCUUUGCUGAGAAUCAACAUCACAAUCACCAGCCACAAUCCAUGAUUUUUACUCCAAAGGACUGAUUUGAUGGGAGAAAUCCCAGGCAUCAGUCCCCAAAUGUGACCCAGUGCUAAGUAGACCAGUGCUUUGCUGGAUGCACAGCUGUGAGAGACUUUAACGCUUGCUUCUGUGAAUUGCCAUCCUGCACACACUGGCAUCUGGAGCAGCUGGAAGAAGGCAACAUGUCAGCCUGGACAAUCUUUGCCACCAGAUGGGCUGUGCUCGGUGCAGGUGGCAUUAACCAUGCAGUGUCCAUGCUGAAAAGGUUUCGCUUGAGUUUCGUCAUGAGGUAGUUAUCAGACAACUGCAGAAUCUAGACCACUGAACAGGACAAGUGGCCUGUGUUUUUCAAACAGGCGAUGCCUCCACAAAUUAGAUGACAGAAAGGAGAAGAGAUGUUUUGGGUUCCAAAGAACUAAAGAGAUUGUGCUGCUAUAUUUCUUUAGUCCUUUUGAACCCAAACCCUCUCCUCACCUUUCUGUGGUUGUCUUUAAUGGUGGUGACAUUGACUUGU